AUGACACUCUCGACGCAAUCUGCAUCGAAUACCCCCGUAUCUGCACUAUCAUCUCCCCCAGAACUAAAACCAGAGCAGCUCGAUCCUCAUCAGCAGUCAAAAGCCGCAGAUGGCGCAGAAAGCCCUUCAAAGACCACGCCUAGGACCCCUCGAACGCCGAAAAGCAGUCAGCAGCCGGCAAAUGCAAACGGAGGAGACGAUUCUGCGACCUGGGGCUCGAAUUUCUGGGUGACUCUGGUGGACCCGCAGACGCACACCUCUUUCUACGCAUGUCCUGCGACAGGCCAAGUCAGCUGGGACCCGCCCGUUGGAAAUUUCGUACUUCCCCCGAGUACUGACGGCGAGUGGUGGGAGUUGAGCGACGAUUCGCGCGGCGGAAUACCGUACUACUAUCAGACAAAGACAGGCGAAACAGUUUGGGAGAGACCGCCUGGUUUCGUUAUUCCUUUGGGCAUAGUCCAGGAUACAGCUUUGGGUCGGCGGCUGUCUUUUCAUAGAUUAUCCAAAGUGAUAGAAGACGAACCACCAGAGAUCAAGGCACCCAAGCCGCAGUACAGGCGAUCCAAGUCGUACGCGAAUGGUCAAGAUGGUGCGCAUGAGCAGCUGCAGUUACGGAGGCCGAACUCGACCGCUCCGGCGUCUUCACCCAGCCCCACUUCAAGUCAAAGGCAGCACAGCCAGGCCGUUAGGAGGUCUGUGUCCAGUGAUCAAUACUCAGUCAGUGGCGCGAACCGGUUGCUCCAUCCACAUUCCCUGGCGCCGCAGCUUCCUACUAUACCUGGAUCUCCAUACAUGACCGAAGCUUCGUCUCCCCCUUCUCCUUCAUCUCAGCGAUCGAUGACCCCUUCCCUCGCGAACGGUAAGCACGAGAAUGACAGCCCAAAUGGGAAGUCCAAUGGGAAAACCUCACGGAACGGAAGCGUUGAUUCGGCUACGCGGUCGCGCUCAAAGUCCUCGUCUUAUGUUCCCCAUAGAUCUCCCCCUGCACAAAGCUUGAAUGCGGCGGCUGAACUGUUAGUUGGACCUAAUUCCGACAAUGGACAUAGUCCGGGAUCCGCUCCUCGGCAAUCAACUACGACCAUGAGUACGAGGAAGUCGUCGGCUAAUGAAGAGAUAGGAUUAGUUCUUCCACGGUCCACCACCCCCACUAAAGACAAACACAAUGCUCCGCCGCCUUCGCCACGCAGACCUAUACCAGCUGUUCCCGGGCCCUGGAAGUCCUCAGUUGCUGGAAGGGGUAUCAGCAAUCCCAUACCCAACAACGAGGCUACGUUCAACAUGAGUCCCGUCAAGAAUCGCGCUGCAGGGAAACCCAUACCUGUUGAGCCAACGAUGCGCACCGAACUAUCACUUCAACGAACGAAUACCGCGACACUUCGAUCUGGGACGUACCCAAUCCUGCCGCAUGAUUUGGCUUCGGCGAUUCAACAGUUCUCGGAGUCGGACUACGCAAAGCAGUAUUUUUCGACACACCGUACUGGUUUCAUAUUUCGUCGCAAAGUCCCCGUUGCACAGAUGAUGACCUGGCAGAAGCCCCCGUUAACUUCACCGUUGCUGACAAUCCGAAGAUCUCUGCACAAGGAUGCUGUCAAGGUUUUCAAGGUCAUACAACAUAUAAUGGGUGAUCGAGAACGCGAGCGAAGCGUCAGCAUUCGCGUGGCGGACACUCACGUCUCCACCGUCGCCUCAAUAAAUGGUUCGUCGACGUCAGUGCAUAAUGUGAGCAUUCUCGAGGAAGAACGGUGGCUGCUGGGUGAGGGUCUCACACACGGCGAGCUUCGCGAUGAGAUAUACUGCCAGCUUAUGAAGCAGCUUAUCGGCAACCACAAUACUGAAAGCGUGUUCAAAGGAUGGCAGUUGCUAUGCGUGCUGCUGAUAACGUUCCCACCAUCAAAGAACUUCGAGACGUAUCUGCGAUCCUUUAUCCAGCAAAGAACGUCGCACUCAGAGGGCCGCGUGGACGUGAUGGCGAAGUACUGCCUGAGGCGACUCACGUAUAUAGCCAAGAAAGGACCAAGAGGCAAGCCACCCACGGUCGCAGAGAUCGAGAUUGCUUCGGACGCCGCUUUCAAUCCAUCCACGUUUGGCGAAUCACUUGACGCCAUUAUUCGCCUGCAGGAAAGGAACUACCCGCACCAGAAAGUGCCCAUCAUCCUCCCCUUCCUUGCGGACGGGAUCCUCGCCCUCGGGGGCCCGAAGUCGGAGGGCAUCUUCCGCGUCCCGGGCGACGGCGACUCCGUGUCUGAGCUCAAGCUGCGUAUUGACCAGGGGUACUAUACACUGGACGGCGUCGAUGAUCCCCAUGUCCUCGCCUCCCUCAUGAAACUGUGGUUGCGGGAGCUCUGCGAUCCGCUGGUGCCUGAGGAGAUGUACAAUGAAUGCAUAACAAGUUCGAAUGACCCCGAGGCGUGCGUCCGCAUCGUCGAGCGGCUGCCCACGAUAAAUCGGCGGGUCGUGCUCUUCGUCAUCAGCUUCUUGCAGCUGUUUCUGGACGACAGGAUCCAAACUGUCACGAAGAUGACACCGGCGAACUUGGCGCUGGUGAUGGCCCCAAAUCUGCUGCGGUGCAAUUCGGAGUCGAUGGCGAUCGUUUUCACGAAUGCUCAGUUCGAACAGAUCUUCGUAUAUCAUCUACUGCUUCAUCUGAAAAGCGACGAAAUCGACACUGACUACGUUCCUGUCCAUGGAUUGGGAGCAGUGCCCACCACCCCUGCUCCCCGAGUAUCAAAAUCACGCUCCCGGCGAUAA